GCGCCGACUAACGACUCGUCCCGCCUGGCUCCCUGCUUGGCGCGGAGCCAUUGGGGAAUAUUGCACCAACCGACGUCUCUUCGCUCAACAAUAAUAAUCAACAAGAAUAAUAACAGCUCGACAGUUCGAACAGACAAUUUGAACAGGAGUUGCAAUUGCUCCAAUGCUGACGGCUACGCAGAGCAAGAACCACAAUGCAGGGAGCAUCGACGGUGGGUAUGCACAGUGAUAAGUUUGUCAAUUGUCACCAAAUACCAGCAGUUCCGAUCAUUUUGCCUCAGGAUACGGGUCAUCGACCUCCAUGACCUCUUUCACCGAUAG